GAGAGCGAGGGGAGGGCCAGAGUGGGCUGGUGUUUGUGAGCGUACUUAAAGAUAACUUGAAGGGAUGUCGGAGCUGCACACACCCGUAAAGCCUGUUUGGAGAAACUCCCCCUCUUUCAGCACCCUGGACAGAGGCAGCGCCGCUUCCUUUGACCACAGCGGAGCGGUCAGCUGACGCGCCGGAUGGUCACGCACUUCCCCAUCCAGACACCCAAGAGUAUCUAUGAACGUCCAGAGCUCCUGGUUUGGGUGCCCAGCGGAACCGGUGGAAGUCAUUUUUGAACGUUUUUUCCUCUGAAAUCGAAAGGACUUUAAGAAACUUUCUGAAAAUACGUCUUUUUUUGAUAAUUAUUUUUCAUCAAAGUAACUGUACUUUUAAUUUUGGAGCAUCUUCAAAAUGUUGCUUGAACAUCCGGGCUCAAGUUGCCAAAAUAGUGGAAACUUUCCCCGGUACAGUUCAGGACAAGAAAUCCCCGUGUGCGCGGGCUGCAACCAACACAUCGUCGACCGCUUCAUCCUCAAAGUGCUGGACCGACACUGGCACGGCAAGUGCCUGAAAUGCAGCGACUGCCAGGCGCAGCUGGCGGAGAAGUGCUUCAGCAGGGGCGACAGCGUCUACUGCAAAGACGAUUUCUUCAAGAGAUUCGGGACCAAGUGCGCAGCGUGUCAGCAGGGGAUCCCACCCACGCAGGUGGUGAGGAGAGCGCAGGACUUUGUCUACCACCUGCACUGUUUUGCCUGCAUCGUGUGCAAAAGGCAGCUGGCCACGGGAGACGAGUACUACCUGAUGGAGGACAGCCGACUGGUCUGCAAGGCCGACUAUGAGACUGCAAAACAGAGAGAGGCAGACUCAACUGCAAAAAGGCCACGAACAACCAUCACUGCUAAACAACUGGAGACCCUGAAAAACGCCUACAAUAACUCCCCCAAGCCGGCCCGCCACGUCCGAGAGCAGCUGUCGUCAGAAACAGGCCUGGACAUGCGGGUGGUUCAGGUUUGGUUCCAGAACAGACGAGCGAAAGAGAAGAGGCUGAAAAAGGAUGCAGGGAGGCAGCGAUGGGGACAGUACUUCCGCAACAUGAAGAGGUCACGAGGAAGCUCCAAGUCCGACAAAGACAGCAUCCAGGAAGAGGGCAUGGACAGUGACGCGGAGGUGUCCUUCACAGAUGAGCCUCCAGUUUCAGAGCUCAGCAAUGCCAACGGCAUUUACAGCAGCCUGAGUGAAUCGUCUCCAACAAUCGGCGGCCGCCAAGGGGGCAACAACCACAGCUCCUUCCCCCUGGAGCACGGCGUGCUCCCUUCUCAAGACCAGUUCCACGACAUCCGCUCCAACAGCCCCUACGGCCUCCCUCAGUCUCCGACCUCGCUCCAGGCCCUACCCCGACACCAGCCCAUCAUCUCCAGCCUCGUCUACCCAGACUCCGGCCUCUCCAUCAUGACCCAGGGCGGGGGGCCCGGCAUCAACCCCACCGUCCGGGUUUCCAUGGGAGGAGCCAACGGCCCCAGUUCCGACCUCUCCACCGGCAGCAGUGGGGGUUACCCAGAUUUUCCCGCUAGUCCUGCGUCCUGGUUAGACGAAGUGGAUCACGGCCAGUUUUGAUCAGAAAAACGACUCUUUCCGAAAAAUCCUGUAAAGCAGGACACAUUAACAGUUUAUUUUGUGAUCUAAAUGGAGGAAAGAAGGAAACACCCCUCAUUCAAAGCACUUGAAUUCCCCAUUGUUUUGUUGUAUUCAAAGUAAAAAAAUUAACAAAAAUCUUGAUUUUUAGAACCACUAUAAGCUCUUUUAGAACAACAAAUUUGCAUUUUAUUUGUCAUCGCUCUUCGCUAACUGUUCAAGUGAAGAACAUUGGGAGUAUUUACAUGUCUGGUUGUUGCCAAAUGUCAAUAUAUAAAUAUAUAAUAAUGGUUUAUCAUCGCAUAGACUUUAUUUUUAUAAAACCCCCUCUUCCCUCCUCCUUGAAUGUGACCUGGAACUUUGUUCAUUCUCAAACACGGAUUUAGGCCUAAAAGUCUAGAUGUUGUCUUAAAUGGUGCCUAGGUGUCCAAUUACUUCUAUGCAUAUGUGUUUUGCAGAUGUUUCUCGUUCGUUUCGUUCCCAAGGAUGAAGUGUAGCUGCUGAAGGGGGGGGGCGCUCUGAUGUAUAUGUUUGUUUAUGUGGAAGAAAUGUUUUAUGUAUUAUUUAUUCUCUCUGGUAAUGUUGGUAAUUCAUAACGGAAUUGCAGGAUUUUAAUAAAUUU